AUGGCAGCUUUCAGCGAAGCCUUCCAAGAAGACAACCUAUCGGUGAUAACUGCCAAGCUACGGGGUACCCUUCAGUCCCUAGAGAAUGUUCGGCUGGACAUCGCCAUCACGGGAGGAGCAGGCUCAGGAAAGUCCACUUUUGUCAAUGCCCUCCGUGGCCUGGGCGAUGAAGAUCAGGGCUCAGCCAAGACAGGGACGGUCCAGCCAACCUUGGACCCAACGCCAUACCCACACCCCAAGUACCCCAACGUCAUCAUCUGGGACCUGCCCCCCUUACUCUCGACUGACAAGUACCUAGAGAAGGUCUUGCCCAGCCGCUAUGACUUCUUCAUCAUCAUCGCUUCCGAACGCUUCACGACCAGUCACGCUCAGUUCGCCUGCGCCCUCCAGAGACAGGAAAAAUGCUGCUUUUUCGUCCGCUCCAAGGUCGACGUGGACAUAGCCGCUUCACGCCAACGCCGGCCCAGCACCUUCUCUGAGGAAGGCGUGCUCUUGGAAAUCCGGGAAAACUGCCGUGCCUACCUGCAAGCUGAGGGCGUGGUCAGACCCAAAGUCUUCGUGCUCUCCAUGUUUGAGCUGGGCAAGUACGACUUCCAGCUGCUGAGUGAAACCAUAGCGAGGGACAUGGAGAGCUACAAGCGCCACGCCUUCCUGGUGGCCCUGCCCAACGUGUCGCAGCCCAUCCUAGAGAAGAAGGCCACCUCCCUGCUCCAGCACGUGUGGCUCGUGGCCACCGUGGCCUGCACCGUCAAUGCUCAGCCUGUGCCGGGCCUGCCCAAGGUGUCCUGCGACCUCGGUCUGCUCAUGCACUCCUUGGCCAGUUACCGCCGCAGCUUCGGCCUGGACUCGGCCUCGCUCUACAGGCUGGCCGAACGGACCGGCGGCUCUCUGCAGGCCAUGCAGAGCCAGGUGUGCGGCCCGCUGUGCGAGGUGAGCGAGAGGCAGGUGAUAGACUUGCUGGGCCGGGCCAGCAAGGACACCACCGCCACCUUUGCCCGCGAGCUGGCGUCCCUGCCCGUUCUGGGGGUCCUGGCCUCCUGCAGUCUCUCCUUUGCCACUGUCUACCAAAUGCUCAGGGCUUAUCUAGAUGAGGCGGCCAAGGACGCCCAGCAGCUGUUGACGCUGGUCCCGCCGAAGGGUCGGUAA